AUGGCUGAUCCUGUUUGGGACAUUGUUAUUCUGCGCGACACCAUAUGGAAACUUCAGAGGCAGAUACAGAACCCGUUACAACAGAUUGUUACCUGUUACAACAAAUAUCUCAUCUGUUGGAACCAAGUUCAGGUUUUAUUGCAACAGGCGUUUGAAGGAGAAAAAAUACGAAGGCAUUCAAGUGCUAUUAAACCACUUUUGUCAGAAGCAAAUAAAAGGACUCGAUUGCAAUUUUGCUUAUCAAUGGUAGAUCCUGAGAGCAUACCGCAUGAUCUAUUUUUUUUGGAUAUGUAUAACACUGUUCAUAUUGAUGAAAAGUGGUUUUACAUGACAAGAAAAUGUCAGCGUUAUUAUUUAUUACCAGAAAAAGAAGAUCCAGUGCGUACUUGUAAGAGCAAAAAUUAUAUUGAAAAAGUCAUGUUUUUAGUUGCUACAGCCCGACCAAGGUUUGAUUCUAGAGAAAAUGAAUUAUUUUCUGGAAAAAUUGGUAUCUAUCCAUUUAUCACACAACAGGCAGCAAAAAGAGAUAGUGUCAACAGAGUUGCAAGCACACUAGAGACAAAAUCAAUAUCUUCAAUAAACAGAGACGUUAUGAGGUCAUUUUUAAUUGAAAAAAUCAUUCCUGACAUUAAGAAAAUAUGGCUGAAAGAGGACUCUUGUUAUCUGAUAUUUAUUCAGCAAGAUAAUGCCAAGCCACACAUCCGCCAUAAAGAUGAAGAAUUUCAGCAAGUCGCACAACAAGAUGGAUUUGAUAUUCGUUUAAUAUGUCAACCUCCUAAUUCUCCUGAUCUGAACAUGUUGGAUUUUGGAUUUUUCAAUGCUAUUCAAUCAUUACAACAUCAGGAGGCACCAAAAACUAUGGAUGAACUUGUUAAUGCCGUUAUUAAGGCAUAUGAAUUAUUUCCAACUGAGAAGAUCAAUCGAAUUUUUCUAACGCUACAAUCUUGCAUGGUAGAAAUUAUGCGAGCGAAAGGUUCUAAUAAGUACAAUAUUUCGCAUAUAAAAAAGGUAAUGUUAGAGAAAGAAGGUCAACUUCCUAUUCAACUGAAAUGUGAUCCAGAACUAAUAGAUGAUGUUCUCAAUUAUUUAGGAUGA